AUGAGAAAGAAAACACCAAAUAUGAUACCGGAUGUAAAUGUGGCAUUAAGAAAAGGAGACUUUAAUCUGUUACGAAAUCUGGUAGAGUCUGGAGCUGACGUGAACCUAAAAGAUGAAGAAGAAAGAACUCCUCUAAUAAACUGUUGUCUCCACGAUGGUCAGAAAUGGGCAGUGGGAUCUGCUAGACUUCUACUGACUUAUGGGGCAAAGGUAGGCUUUUGUGACAAAAUGGGUCGGAAUGCAUUAAUGUAUGCGGUCCUGUACCAACGAGAGGAACUUGUCAAACUGUUUUUGGAGGCAUGUGACUUUGAUUUAACUCGUGCAGAUAAAUGGAAUCAUACAGCACUCUCUUACGCAACAUGUUUUGGAAAUACUAGAGUGAAAACAAUGCUAAUCAAUAUUUUAAACAAGUGCCACUUCAUUUCAGAAACAUCUAAGAAAAAAAGCAUUGUUAAGGAGAAAAAUAGUUUUCGAUUGCCACCAAUAAAUUACAAUCUCCAAACAACCCCAAGGACAUCAAAUCGACCAUUAAAUGUGACUAGCAUUUGCAAUUCAGAAAGCAAGAUGAAUAUUUCACCUUCAGAAGCAAGAUACAGAGGAAUUGAAUAUACGCUACCAUACAACCCAAUACCAGCAGACAUCUGGGAAAAAAGAAUGAGACUCCACAGCCCCGCAAAGCAACAGUAUUCCAACCCUUGUUUACUAGGAGACACAAAAGAUAUGUUAUCAAAAAAUGUGUCACCAAAAUGUGGUAAAACCAUGGAUACCAAGGACAAAACAGGUAUUAACCCAAGUGAUGUGAAAACUAAAAAUGAGCAAUCUGACUGGCGAAAAGAGUUCCAAAACCUAAUUGCAAUGCUUGAAAUUAGUAUUAGUUCAUCUUAUUGUAAGGGAGCUAAGAAAUUAUCUCUGGACCAGAGAACGUACCCCAAUAUUUAUAAGACUGAGCUUGAUGUUUGCACUGUGCCUUCUAUCCCAAAGAAAGGAAGAAGACUCUCAUUUGAUACAAUGGAUGUUCUGUUUGAUAAACGUUCUGUAAGAGGCAUCAUCAGGAGAAGAAGCAGUUUAUCUGUGAUUCCUUUGAUCAAAGUGAAAGAAUACAAAUGA